AUGCCUCCUUCAAGCUAUUUCAAGCAAUGGCCGGAAUUCCCUUCCAAUGUCUUGGAAGCAGGAAUAGAAAAUGUCGAAGCUAAUUGGAGAUAUGUUAGACCGGAGCCCGGCUGCGUCAUUGUUCUAAUCGGAGAUACACUGGUAGAAUGGACUGCGGGAGCUUUGCGUGCUUCUAUACACCGUGUCGUUACUGCGCCGGGAAAACGGGCUGCUGCAACAAGAUUAGGUCUAGGAUAUUUUCUCAGACCUUCUCAUACUACGAGAAUGUCUAGAUUGAUUAGCGACAAUGGUACUCUCCCUAUACUUGCACUGGGAGAGGCGGGAGACGAGCGUGGUGUUGCGGAAUGGGCGCAGUGUAAAGCCAAUGGAGAUGUAGCGGCGGCGGUUGAGGCGGCGGGCAAAGGAAAGUAG